UAAGGUAAUGGAUGGGAGUUGUGAGCAGACAAUAGAAUAAGGACCGAGCGCUUUAUAUGCGAGACUUUCUUUGUUUAGGGACAAGUGGAUAACCUGUUAGACACUUUUAGUUGUUUUUUUUUCCUCGGCCGGGAUUGUCCGUCUCCUCAGACAGGACCGUAUCCGGGCCAGUGUACGUGCGCACGGAUCGCUGCCCUCGUAGUUAACUUGGCAAAAGAGGAUAAAGACGUGAGUGGGGGCUCGGGAGCGACGGCUGGAAAUAGCACAAAUUAACCAGGGCAACAUCUGUUCGUGAUGUCGAUGCUGAGACAUAAACCAUCCUGGAACUAAGACAAGGGAACCACAUCACACAAAACAUGGUGGAUGCAAGAUUGACGCCCCUUGCAGCUAUGGGGCUGGACCGAGGCACUCUUAUGCACGACGGUCUUCGGCUCCACAGUGGGGUUGUGUACCCAGGAAUCCGAGCACUGCCAGCAGAGAAGAGCAGAGAGACAAGUGCCCUCCCUCUUGCUUAUACCAGGGAGGGCCUCCCAGAGCUCAUCUAUAAGCCUGACGGUUCUCUGGACAGUCGAAAGCCCACUAAUGGAUACCUGGGCCUCUACAAGAACAACCCUCCAAAUCUCCACAAGCCUGUGUUGGUUUCUGGGGCUGAAAGUCUAGGCUUGGAACGCAGAGUAGGGCCUGGAGAUAAACCAUCUGAUAUGGGCUUACCAGGUGCUGGUGGCAGCUACCUCCGCUUGCCAUGGCUCAACCCCUACCCUGAAGCAAGCAUGUAUUCCUUCAUGGACACGUCCAAGUAUGCAGCUCUAAACAUGUACAAAGCCUCUUUGCUCGGCCAGCCCAGUCACUAUCUUCCUCAGCACCUGGCCUACCCUUCCCUGUGUGCAGCUCAGGGAGGUAAUGUUAACCCUGCUGCGACUGCCUCAGCUGCUGAGAGGCUCUUCUACAUGCCACCCUAUCCACCUUCACCCAUCCCCUCUCCCCUGGUGGCACCCCCUAUGAGGAUACCUGCGGUCACAGUGGCCCCCACGUCAUUGGUUCAUUGCCAGGACAAAGGGCUUGGUGUUGCAUCUCCAUUUGCACAGCAGCUUCACCAGCCUUCGCCUCAUCCUCAGCACCAUCAGGGCGCAAUCGACAGGGACAGAUCCCCAAGCAGGAAUAGUAGGCCAAGCAGACCUCCGUCUAGGAAGAGCUCCAGCAGCAACAAUAACACCAGUAGCACUAGUUGCACCAGUAGUGGGAAUAAUAAUUCUCUGUCUGCAGAUUCUUCUCAUGCAUCUUCUCGGCUCACCCAGCCUCCCCCUCCUCUCAUUGACAAUUCACUAGAUUUACAAAGGCCAGUUGCUAGGCUAGGGCCACCACCCACCUCCUCCACCUCUUCAGUAUCUGCCACAUCAUCUACUACACAGUCCAUUCCUCAUCUAUUUUCUGUGAGCAGCAUGGCAGCUGAGCAGCCCUCUCCUGCCCGACCCAGUCCCCACAAACCCAGGCCAAAAGAUGGGGCUUCCGAGCACAGAACUGUUGGACAUGAGCGGAGACCCAGUAGGUCUCCCUCGAAACCUAACUUUGAAAGGUCUGCUCAUCCAGCAACCAAAGACUCAGCAGAGAAGCCGUUAGAUUUGUCUGGAAGAAUUCUGGAGUUUGGAUUGCAUCCCAAUGGAUUCCAAGUUAAAAUGGACAAUAUGGCAUCAGGGACACGGUAUGGGCUACCCACUAGCAGAGAGUCUCUCUCCCCUUCCUCCCACCCUCACUCUGCGAUCAGCAGCACUUCUUCAAAAGUCUCUGAAAGGCCAGAGAUGAUCAGCACUUUACACUCAUCUUGGGUUGUACCUAGCCCUUCGUCAAAUACACAGCACACACCAGGCUUGCCACCCUCUCCAAGGCCUAACACGGACAUCAGCCUCUCGCAAGCCAAAGGUUCCUCCCCUUCUGUUAUCAGACACAAAGGUUCAGAGAGGGCACACCCUCCGCAACGUAGCUCGUCCUGUCCAAGGACGGGAGAGACCAACCCCAGUGUUUCAUCCAGCCAACACUCUGGGACCUCCCUGGGAACUUCCAGGGAUCUUUCUCCCAAACCCAGUGGUGAGUGGGUUAAACAUAGCCCCAGCCAUUCAGAACGUCCACCAGCCACUGGCCACCACAGAGAGGCACCAGAGAAGUCCUCCCAGGCCACGAAGAGAAUGGAAACCACUCCAGAUGUGCCACCAUACAAAAGGCCUUGUUUAGAGAAUGGACACCCUACCAGCCACAUUUAUCUUCCUCAGAGUGACGCUUACCUAAAUCACAGUCUGGCUUAUGCCAAUAGAUAUCUGCACUACCCCAUCCCUGAUGGCAUGGCACUACACUCCCUACCAAUUCCAGGGAAGGGCCCAGUCUACCCUCACCCAGUGUUGCUGGGCAGCAACAGCCUUUACCCAACCCACCUGGCAGCAAAACACUCUUUACCCUACCACAACCUCCCAGCUGGCCCAGGCGGGGAUUACCUCACUUAUAACACACAGGAGAUGGCUCAUCCUCUGAUGCAGACUCACUCAGACAAUAAGCUGCCAGAAAGGGGAGAAGCAACUGUGAAGCCCCGUGGGCAGGAGAAAUCCCGGGGCACUGUUGAAGAAUGUGUGGGACAUAGAGAUCACAACACUGGGAAAGAGACAGGUGAUGGAAGCCAAAUAAAGCCUGAUAGAGAAACGGGAGCACAAGGACAGUGCGGCAGUCAAAGCAAAACCCCCGCUUCCUCUGGUACAUCCAGAGAAAAGAUUGUCUGCAUUGACCUUGUACACUCAGACACGGAUAUUGAGUCUACUCCAAUAGUUCACAAACAGCCCUCUGUUGAGACCAGCACCAAGGUUAACCAAAAUGAAUGUUGUCAUAGUAACCAAAAUCUGGCAAAGACUGACAAUGAGCCCAAACACCAUUUUUCUAACCCUUAUCCAAUCCACUCUGGACAUAGCCCCAUCCCGAAGUCCAACCACGCGGACAGACGGCCGGAAUCUCCCUUCAGGAAACCAAAAGUUCUUCAAGACCCAGACUGUCCUGGUGUGACAUCUAGCACAUGCACAAUUUCUCUAGGACAGGUUAUCCAAGCAGAGGAGAGCCCAGAGGAGCAAAGUCCCAGCCCAGAUCUUGGCGAUCAGGACCAGAGCACUUUACGCUGUGCCCGCACAUCCGGGGAGCGCAGCUCUGGUAAAGACAAAGGGGACAGGGAAAGACGAGCCGUCCAGCUCGCGCACAACCGCACAGAUAUGGUGGAAUCAGAGAGGGACUUUGAAAAGGAAGACAGUGUUGUUGACCCAGGGGAAUCCCAAUGCGAAGGGGAUGAGGACGAAGAAGAUGGUAGUCAUUCUUCAUCUAAAAGCUCGCGUCGAUCCAGUCUGGCCAAGAGGAUCGCCAACUCCUCAGGCUAUGUUGGCGAUCGCUUUAAAUGUGUCACCACUGAGCUGUAUGCUGAUUCCAGCAAGCUGAGCCGUGAACAGAGAGCUCUUCAGAUGGAAGGCAUAUCACGAGAGGGGAGUAAUAUAAGUCAACCUGCAGCUAACUGGGAGCGGGCAAUGAUGCGGUUCUCGGAGCUGGAGCUAAAGGAGAAGGAGGGCGGCGGUGUGUGUGUGUCUGCCUCGGCAGCAGGACGGGAGCUGGCAGACGGCCAGCGCAGGGAGCGAGCGCUGGAGCACUGCCAACACACCACCAAGCAGGGAGACAGGGAGGGCGUCCGUCCGGCCUACACCAACAACCGCGUCCCAGUGCUGCAGAGGUGCGUGGUCCACCCGGAGCACCUGAGCCCCGGGCCGGGCCUCCGGGACGGGGUGCGCUGCGGCAGCCAGGCGGCGCUGAAGGACGGGCCCAGGAGGGGGGGCCGGGAGGAGGGCGCCCACGGCGUGCCCCCGACCUUGACCCCGGCCAAAGGUUACCUGGAGGAGAAGGGAGGCUGCGGCUUCGGGCCCACCAGGAAACGGCCGCUGGGGCAGGAAGACGCGGACCGGGAGGAGCUGCUCCAUCCAGAGAAACGAGCCAAAAUCUCUACGGACGAGCGCGAGCAGGCCAGUCCUUCGGAGGACGAGGACGACGAGGUGAGGAAGCUCAAGGUCUGCAUCGAGCUGAAGGGGCUGCGACUCAGCAAGCCGACCGCCGGCGCGGCGUCGCCCGAGGGCGCGCAAAUCAAACAGGAGCGGGGCUGGCCACAAGCCCGACUGCUAACCGCCGCCCAGGGCCUGCAGGAGCACAAGAUCAGGGCCGGCGAGCCUGAGGACAGAGCCGCAGCGCAAAGAGCCGAGCUCAACAGGAAGUUGGGUUUCGAGAAGAUACUCAAUGGAGUGGCGGCGUCUCCCCUCCCCCCGGUGCCGCUGAAGGACAGGACGCACCCGUCGGGCCCCUUCUCAGGUGACCGUGGCCUCAAGGAACCCAGAAGAGGCCCCCCCUCCCCGGCUCCAGAACCGUCCGUGGGAGGCACCCCUUCCCUCAAGCUGCGUCGCCAUAGCGACACGGACAAACCCAAGGGCAAACGGCCCUGCAAGACCAAACACACCGGUCACCGGGAGCGAGAGCGCGAGAGGAGGAAAGAGGUCACUCCUACCAGCCCCGGCCAGCGCUGCGUGGCUGAUCUGGGAGCAGCUGAAGACGACAAGCUGAGUGAGCAGCGCAGCGCUGUGAGGAAGCGAGCCGCCUCUCCUAAUCAUUACCCGGGCUCUCCAGUCAAGCCCUGCUCCCCCGCCGCGCUCUGUCCGCCCUCCCUGCAGCCCCAGGCGAACGGCAGAACGUGCGGCGUCCCACCAGAGGUGCUGGGGCUGCACCGGACCCCUCCCGCCGAGCCCCCCGCGGUGCGCCCCAUCCCGCCGGAGGCGCGGCGGCUGAUCGUGAACAAGAACGCCGGCGAGACGCUGCUCCAGAGAGCGGCGCGUCUGGGCUACGAGGAGGUGGUGCUGUACUGCCUGGAGAACCGGGUGUGUGAGGUGAACCACAGGGACUACGCCGGCUACUGCGCGCUCCACGAGGCGUGCGCCCGCGGCUGGCUCAGCAUCGUCCAGCACCUGCUGGAUUACGGCGCCGACAUCAACUGCAGCGCUCAGGACGGCACGAGACCGAUUCACGAUGCCGUGGAGAACGACCACCUGGAUGUGGUGCGAGUCCUGCUGUCCUACGGCGCCGACCCCACCCUGGCCACGUACUCGGGCCGCGGCCUCCUCAAGAUGACCCACAGCGACGGCAUGGAGCGCUUCCUCACCGAUUAUUUCGCUGACCUUCAGGGCCGCGCUGAUGACGACCCGGGGCUUUAUUGGGAAUUCUACGGCAGCGCCGUGUGUGAGUCCAGUGAAGAAGGCGGGGUCUAUGACAUCCUGGCAGACCCACCAGGCCCGGAUGAUGAGGAUGAAGACGAUAAAAGGGAGGUGUUUGAGUUCGAGUUCUCUGACCGACCGCUGCUGCCUUGCUACAACAUCCAGGUGUCCCUCUCCCAGGGGCCAAGAAACUGGCUGCUACUGUCGGACGUGCUCCGUCGGCUGCGGAUGUCCGCGCGCGGCUUCCGCCAGGCCUUUCCCCACAUGGAGGUGGUGACUGUGGCGGAGGCCGAGUUUUACCGGCAGGCCUCCUUGUCGCAGCUCUUCUCCUGCCCAGAGGAGCUGGAGGGCUUCCAUCCGGACAGCAAGGAGCUGCUAGACCUGGUGGAAGACAGCGCUGAGCUGGCGGCGCUGCUUGGCUCCUCGCUGGAGUGUCUGGACGACCGCUGGGACCACCCGGGGGAUAAACUGAAGGACAGACUCAAGGCUGUGGGGCAGCUGGGCUCAUCCUGACCCCUGGAGCCGUUAAACUCGGACCAUGAUCCUUAUCAACAGCAGUUUGCUCUAGAGCCAACCAGGGGUAAUGAUGACAUGCCUUAGCCUGCUUAUCCGCUUCGGAGCUGCUCUGGACGGCACUGGUGCGCUGUACAGAUGGACUAACCUGCUGGCUAACCAGGCUUCUCACGUUUCCCUCCUUUAACUGAGGAUAUACACAUUUGUGACUCAAUAAUAAUGGUCUUAUUUUUAUAAAUUAAUAUAUGUAUAAAUAAAAUAUAUAUCUAUAUAUAAAUAUAAAACAUUGAGACUUUUUUUCUUUCAUUUGAAUGACACUCAUGGUUUUGCUCUGAAAGAGUUUGUGUGGCAACAGAUUAGUUGUGUUGUCAGUGACUGAGUGUGAGCGCGCAGCAUAUUGUGCAUGUGUGUAGCUGUACAGGAUAGUACUGAGCGUACUAUUGAAUGUGGUAUUUGUGUUCAUAGGAAGCACAUGAUGUCUUUUUUUUCCUUCUCCUUGGACUUCAGCGCUGGCUUGAGCCUCAGGGGCUUUUUUGUUGUAUCUAUUUUUUUUAAUGCUGACAUUUUGCUUCCUGUUUAGUCUGUAAUUUAACAUGGAAAAACUACAAAACCGUUUGUAUUAUAAAGUUUUAAGAUAAUGUUGAUAUUCAUCCUUCAGCACAGAGCUUGUAUAUAACAGGGAGGCUACUGCAGUAAAGUAAUUUUUGGUGUGUUCAUUUUUUGUUUUAACUUUGUAAUUAAAAUAUCCCCUAAUUUGUAUUUAUAUUUUACAAAAGAAGUUGCUUUAAAAUAAAUAUACAAAUAGCAAGAUGAA